AUGCAAACUAGUUCUCAGUCUCCAGUUCCUGUAACCGUAUUUACAGGGUUUCUAGGUUCCGGUAAAACUACAAUAAUUCUCUCUUUAUUGCCACGUGUACCAAAAGGAUAUAAACUUUGCUUGCUUAAGAAUGAAUUCGGUGAUAUAAAAGUGGAUAGCGAAUUGGCGCAAGAUAGUAACCUUGCAGUGCAAGAGAUGCUUAAUGGUUGUUUAUGCUGCGUCUUGGUUGGACAAAUGAAAUUGGCUUUGAUGGAACUUAAGGACAAGUACAACCCUGACCGCGUUAUUAUUGAGACAAGUGGAUCAGCAUUUCCAGCACCUAUUGCAUGGCAAAUUCGUGAAAUGAAAGAUGAAGGAUUCAUAUUGGAUAGUAUUAUCACCGUGGUGGAUUGUGUAAAUUUUCGAGGAUAUGAGGAUACAAGUUACACGGCCAAGAUGCAAGCUCAAUAUACUGAUGUGAUUUUACUUAAUAAACACGAAUUGGUGAAUGAACGUGAACUUGAUAUUGUUAUCGAUCAUAUUAAUGACCUUAAUACAGACACGCCUAAAAUUAAAUGCGAGGGUAAAAAUGGGGUUUCUCCGGACCUUAUUUUCGGAAUUGAUACAAAAUUAUUUGAUUUGGCAAUUAAAUUUUCUGAACUUAUCGAUCCAAGUAUCAACAAUCAUCAUCAAAAUGAAAUUGAUUUAAUUCAAAUUAUAGUGACCCGUCAAUCAUCUUCAUUAGUUUCUCCAUUUACAAAAAAACAUUUUGAAACCUUUCUUGAAUCCCUUUCAAAUAAUGAUAUUUAUCGAUUGAAGGGAUUUGUACGGUUAAUGCAUGAUUCCAAUGAAGGAGAAAAUAGUAAACUUUAUAUUGUUAAUCAUGCGUUUGGACGAUACACCCUUACACAAAUUCAAAGGUCAUUAAAUAAUUCUGACGAAGAAGACAUUCUAAUAAAGAUUACUAUAAUGGGCGUAGAUUUAAGAAUUCAUUUACAGAAAAUCAAAACUGGACUUUGUAUUAAUAAUGAACAUGUUUCUUUACAUUUGGCUCAUAAGCAUUAA